CGUUACUAUGAUCCUAACCUCUAUUUUUUAUUUUAUUUUGUUACACCUCACACCUCUGAUUUCUGUAGAAAUACUUGUACUUGGUUUUUUACCUGACACUUGAGGAAUAAAAAGGCAUGUUAUCAUUUUAUAGUUUCCGACCUGUUUUUCAAAUAUGACCGGAAAACGCAAAAUACUAUUUCUUCUACUGCUUCUAGUUGUGAUUAUAUUCUUAGUGAAAAUUUAUCAGUAUUGGAUACUGGUCAAGAAAUCGAAUCAGGUGUCUCUAGACAGCAUCAAAAAAGACUUGCUCGAUGGUAAAAUAAAAGUCUCGAUAUAUUACGAAGCACUUUGUUCGGAUUCACGUAAUUUUUUUAUCAACCAGUUAGAGCCAAUGUAUAAUGACUUCCAUAGUUAUUUAGACCUAGACUUUGUUCCAUAUGGAAAAGCUAAGACCAUUGAGAAGAACGGUGUCAUCACUUUUAAAUGUCAGCAUGCCGCUGUCGAGUGUGUAGCGAAUAAAGUUCACGCUUGCAGUAUUUUGCAUGUAAAAGAUCAAGGGCUACAGCUUAAAUAUCUGAGUUGUAUGAUUAAGGAUAAUAUGCUUCCGCACGAAAUUGGGGAAAAGUGCGCCAAACAGUUGGGAAUUGCAUACGAUCCAAUAUCGGAAUGUGCACAUAGUGAUCAGUCAUCUCUACUUCUGAAGGAGUACGGCAUUCGGACGGACGCAGUAAAACCAGCGAUUACCUUCAUACCGACCAUCGAGUUGGACGAUCAACAAAGUGUGCCUCUUGUUCACAUAUUAAAAAACUUUAAGAAAGUUAUAUGCGAGAAGUUAGAUAUGAAAGUGAAAGCGUGUUUAUAACAGUUUGUUUAUGUCUAUUUUAUAUAUCACCAUUGACUGUGAUUUUGUUUAAGUUUUAACUUUUAGCUUAUGUUAUUUAUGUAAAACAUUUAUACGAUUUUUAUUGUAAUCAAAUUUUCCAAGUCUUCCAACGGUAGGUGUUCUUACCAAUCUGCAGCUAUUCUAUCAUUGCAUUCUUAAUAAAUAAAUUUGAACAAUGAA